UGAAUCAAUUAACUCUUCACAUCCCAAUUGAUCUCUUUAUUUAACAAAUAUCCAAUCAAUAGAUCAAACUCUCUAUUAUUUGGAUUGUUAUAUACUUCUAAUUGAGAGCAAUUUCAACAUGAAUAGUGCAGUUUGUGUAAUGGAUGCCUCGAGUUGUUUAGGUACAAAACUUGUUAAAUGUCUUCUUCAGAGAGGAUAUACUGUUCAUGCAUCCCUUCAAAAUUAUGGCGAAUCAUCGUUGUUCUUGGACGAACUUGAAUGUGAUGAUGAUGAUGAUAAGAUGAAGAAAUUGAAGAUUUUUCAAUCGGAUCCUUUUGAUUAUCAUAGUAUUGUCGAUGCUUUGAAGGGUUGUUGUGCUCUCUUCUAUUCCUUUGAGCCUCCUCAUGAUCAUUCCACUUAUGAUGAAUAUAUCGGAGAAGUGGAGGUGAGGGCAGCACAUAAUGUACUGGAAGCAUGUGCACAAACAGACACUAUUGAAAAAGUUGUGUUCACUUCCUCAGCAACUGCAAUUAUUUGGGGACAUCAUGAAAAUGAUCAAAACUCUGCAUCCAUGCUUCUUGAUGAAAGACAUUGGAGUGACAUCAACGUUUGUCGUAAAUUCAAGCUAUGGCAUGCAUUGUCAAAAACACUAGCAGAGAAGACAGCAUGGGCGUUGGCUAUGGACAGAGGAGUCAACAUGGUAUCAGUCAACGCAGGACUAUUAAUGGGUCCUGAUCUAACGAUCAAAAAUCCAUAUCUUAAAGGAGCUGCUGAGAUGUACGAAGAUGGAGUGUUUGUGACCGUUGAUCUUGAUUUCUUGGUGGAGGCCCACAUUUGUGUUUAUGAACAAAUUUCAACUUAUGGACGCUAUUUAUGCUUUAAUCACAUCAUUAAUCAAACUGAAGAUGCUGUUAAACUUGCCAACAUCUUAUCCCCUUUGCCUUCAUCACCUCAAAGUAUGGAGAGUGAUACAAGGAUAAUUCAAGAGAGGAUAAGCAACAAGAAGUUGAACAAACUUAUGGUUGAAUGUCAGCCACAGAUCAAUGGCAAAUCAAGAGGAAUGCUUAUGAAAGUGUCAACAUGAUAAUUAAUUCCAUUAAGCAUUAUGAAUUGAUUGGCAACUUCCAUUCUUAGAAAUUAUUGUCCAAUGUUAUUAAAUUCGACAACAAUAUUCCACCUAAAAGGAAGAAAAGUAUAAAGGAAUUAUGCCCAAAAAAUGGCAUGUAAUUAUGUUGAUGUGCAAAUGUCAACAUUAGUAAAGCAAUAAUUGAAGAUCCCCAUGUGAUAAGAUUUUGCAAAUUGUAGUU